AUGGCGUCCUGAAACUGUCAGUAUCUUAUCUGAAGCGAUAGCGCCCGGAGACUACAGGUACUACUACAUACAUGCCAAGGGUUUCAACCAAGAUUCUGAGGCGACUUGUUUCAACGUUUGUGGAAGGCAGGCUCACGGCGGCAUGGCAGAGAGCCCAACUCCAAGAGGCGAGGAGAGGCUGUUCUUUCCGAGCAAUUUCCCCGACGACUCCCGAAAUCUGCCGUCGUCAUCCAGCGGCGUCGCCGCUGCUCCCGUCAGGCCGAAACGUCGUUCGAGGGAAGACAAACCAGUCGCCGACGAGCUCGAUGCUGCGAAAAUGGCCGAGAGCAAGACGCCCCCGACCGGCAAUUGUCCCUUGGAAUCGCAGCACGUGGGAACCGAGUUGCUGAACGUGGUGGUGGAUCUGCCCCUCGACUCCGUCUUCACGACUCUAUUCGUCCAAGAGCAGUUUAUGACUGACGUCUACCUCGCGAAGAAGACGAGUGACAUCACCUGCACUCAGUGGCAGGAAAGAGAAGACGGAGUCAAGACCCGACAGAUGACCUACACCAUGACACUCCCGCCUUCGAGCUUCUCACCCAAGGUCUCCUACGUCACGGAAAACCAGGUUCUUCUCUCACAGAGCAGCCCUGGUGAUGUCUACAUCGUCGAGUCGGAAGUACUGAACUCGGGCAUUCCUUACGCAGACGCAUUCAGCGUCGUGAAACACUUCUGUAUCUGCCGACAGGAUGACGCCAAGACUAGCGUAGUGUGCUGGGCGUCGGUCAAGUUCAAGAAAACUCUCUGGGGCUUUGUCAAAACCAUGAUCGAAAAGAAUACGUGCAUUGGUAUCGAAGGCGUGAUGCAGGAAUUGGGAUCCAGACUCACCGCCGAAGCUGAGAAAAUCAACAAUCCAGGCCUUGUCCGAAAGCGCAGAAGGGCGGCUGGAGCAUCAUCGCCGAGGGCGAGAUCACGCAGUCCUUCGAAAGCAAGAGGAAGCAAAAAGGCUCACAAACAAGAUGACGCAGAAAGUAAGAACUACCCACUAACAGCUGCAGUCAUGAUGAUCGCCCUGGUUACCCUGGUAACGGGAAAUAUCGUUCUAUAUAGAAGACUCUUCUACCUGGAGGAAAUGGCGGCUCUUAUCAAUCCCACUGUACACAUACCUUCGCCGAGGUACCUGAGUUUGGAGAGGUCCUGGGAAGACGUGGCGAGAAUAUUACACAAGCAGCAGCGGCUACACGAGUCGCAACUGGAAGUGUGGAAGACUAAAGUUGCGAAGGCAUCGAGUAGCCUCAAAGACGUUCAGGACACUCUCCAAUGGAUGAUCGAAAAGAUUCGACUACAAGAGGAGAUCUCUCAGUCGGCCGUGGAAGAAACGAGCGAAGAAUUAAAGCAAAAGUGGCUAAAAGACAACAGUUGGAAAGAAGAGCAACUCGAGAUUAUUGCCCAGAAAUAUAGCUCUGACAAAAUGGAAGAAGAGCAACUGACGCAUCAGGAGCACUGUUCAUCAGGAGCCAAUACGAGCGAGGAUUGUGACGAAGGUUUGAGAUAGAGAAUGAGGAAUUCCAUGGCAAUUUUGUCAGGAGUUUAUACUGUGUAUUUUAUCUCAUUUUUUUUAGAUGUGAUAUAAGUGUAAAAAUAAAAAUAAAUACAUGAUUGCCAAGCUAUUGCUCACUUUAUAAAAGAAAAAGAAAAUAAUAAUAAUAACGUUUAAAAAACUGAUCUAGUGUUAAAACUGAAUCCUUAUUUCUACAUCUAAUAAGACUUCUACCUUAAUUCAGAUGGAAACCCAAACCUAUUCAAAAUGGGACACAUAGUUUGAGAUGAAAUGCUACUACAUAUAGUAUUUUACAUAAUGGUUCCCAGAAAACAAGAAACUUCUUUCCUGAGGUACAAUCCAAUUUAAUUUUUAAGCACUGUAAGUAAAUUGUUAUAAAACUUGUCGCCUCUUAUGAACAAAUCUUUUAACAAGUAAGAGUAGAUUUUGAGGUUUAUCUUGUUAUUUCCAGCAGAACAGGCAAUGAAAUAUUACAU